CUUUUUUAUUUCCUCCUGUUGCAACUCUCUCUUGCUUGUACUUUAUUUAUAUUGUAUUGUGCCUGUCGUUGUUGGAGACGGUCGUUGCUGUGGUUGUUGCUGUACUAUUCACUUUAACUUACACUUACACACUGUCGUUGCCGUUGCCUGCUCUCCUGUAUUGUUCGUUACAGGUUUUCAGGAGAUACACACCAGCCAGUCGUUUCUUUUGCGCUCUCGCUCUUCGCAUCUGUCGCGCUCCCCGUUUCAGAUCUCGACUCAGCUUACUAUCGACUCGAUACUGUGGGACUUGGUUACUUCCGUUUGUUGGUACUGUUGAAAGUGGUGGAUUAUAAUUCCUGGCACGAGUUUUUUUUGGCUUUAAUCCAGCACGUUCUGGAAUCCCGCAGCCUUGCUUCCAUUGUUUCCUUCCGCACCGACCUUUUCUCGUCGCAUUCUCGCAUAUCCACCUCCACACAUACAUACAUACAUUCACGAUGAAGACCUCCACGAUCCUCCUCUGUCUCGCUCCCACGAUAGCUCUCGCCGUCGAGGCCGAUGCUCAAAUACCUCCCGCUGUGUCUCCCACGCCCUCUCUCCCCAAUGCCAACCCGCCCGCGCCGUUGCCUGAGAUCCCGACGCCGUCGAACACAGAGCUCAAUGCGAAGUUAUGGGAGAUUCGCACGCUGUUUGAGAUCGAAGAUAAUACAGAUGCGACACGGGUGCAAGAUCAACUGCCCGAACCAGCGAGUGGGAGAAUCGGCCUGGCCGCAUCAACAGGGGAAACCAAGGCGUUGCGCGCACGGAGUGAAGGCACACUCGGACAAACACCAUGGAUUGGCAUGGCUAUUGGAUUGACCUGUACGGCAUUGGCAGCAGUGAUGCUGGGGUGAUCCAGACCUUUCCUCGACUUUCAACUCGAUAUUCAUGCUGCACCAACUUGCAUUCGGAGUUAUCUUAUAAUUUCAUUUCACGACAGUCUUUGGCGACUAGACUCGGAUCGGUCGCUCUCUGCUACGAGCGUUGCUUGCAUUGCAUUGCAGCAGCCACCAUCGAAUUUAUGGCUGUGCUGCAGAAUAUUCUUUUCGCUUCUUCACUUCACUUCUUGUGAGGUCUGCAUUACUUUUUGACCUUUGCAUUCAUACCAUACCCCCAUGUAUAGACCGGGUCGUUUUACCUUUUACCUUACCUACUUCUACUGACGCUUCUUGUACGUGUACAUGAUACCUUGAUUUGUGCCAUUGAGGCUAUUGUUUGAUGAUGUAUUUACUAUUACCUUACUACUACUUACACUUACUACUUACUACUUAACUGAUCAUG